AUUGGGUAGCACUAUGUAAAAAUUCCACCGCAAGUUUUGAGAAAUUGCGAAGUAUUCAAGAAAGGGCGCGGGAAGAAGAACCAAACAGCCCCUCUUUAUACCACUUUCUCUACUUGCCAAAACCAGGCAUAAACGUUACUCAACUCUCUUUUGCCUCUUCAAAUGGCCCGUAAUAAGGAAGCGCUUGUAUUGGUGCUUGAUGUUGGUCCUUCUAUGCACUCAGUUUUGCCCGAGAUUGAAAAAGUUUGCUCAUUAAUGAUACAGAAAAAGCUGGUUUUCAGCAGAUAUGAUGAAGUGGGGUUUGUCUUAUUUGGAUCUGCGGAUACCAAGAACGAAUUGACAGAGGAAGUAGGUGGGUAUGAGCACGUGACAGUUCUGCGAAAUAUCAAGGUUGUAGAUGAAGAUCUUGUUGAUGCUCUGCAAAGCCUUCCACGAGGAAGCGUUCCCGGAGAUUUUCUUGAUGCGAUUGUUGUUGGAAUGGACAUGCUGAUUAAAAAGUUCGGACAAACCAACAAGGGAAAGAAACGCCUUUGCCUUAUUACAAAUGCUGUUUCUCCCAUCAAAGAUCCAUUUGAAGGAACAAAGGAAGAUCAAGUAAACACCAUUGCUACUCAGAUGGCAGCACAAAGCAUGAAGAUGGACUGUAUAAUUGUUAGAAUGAAACAAGAUUGGGAAACAAACAGGAGAGUUAUGGAAGAAAAUGAUUUUCUAAUGUCCGUAUUCUCGAAUAAAUCUUCCUCAAAAGUAGUAUAUGUGGAAAGUCCAACUUCUUUGUUAGGUGCACUUAGAACUCGUAAUAUAUUGCCAGUCACGAUAUACAGAGGUGAUUUUGAAAUCAGCGCACAAUUGAAGAUCAAGGUAUGGGUUUACAAGAAAACAUCUGAAGAGAAGUUUCCCAUCUUGAAAAAGUACUCUGAUAAGGCUCAUCCCACUGAUAAAUUUGCCACUCAUGAAAUCAAGGUUGAUUACGAAUAUCAAAGCAUAGAAGACCCUAAUAAAGUUGUGCCACCAGACCAGAGAAUUAAAGGUUUUCAGUAUGGACCUCAAGUUGUUCCUAUAUCAUCUGCUGAGUUGGAGGCUGUAAAGUUCAAACCAGAGAAAAGUGUGAAGCUUCUAGGAUUCACAGAUGCUACAAAUAUAAUGCGGCAUUACUACCUGAAAGAUGUAAAUAGCUUCAUAGGCGAACCUGGCAACAAAAAAGCCAUCCUUGCACUUUCUGCUUUGGCAAGGACAAUGAAGGAAAUGAACAAAGUAGCAAUUGUCCGAUGUGUAUGGAGGCAAGGACAGGGUAAUGUUGUUGUUGGGGCCCUAACUCCAAAUGUCUCUGACAAGGAUAAUACUCCUGAUUCAUUUUACUUCAAUGUUCUUCCCUUUGCUGAGGAUGUUCGGGAGUUUCAGUUUCCUUCUUUCAGCAAUCUGCCUUCAUCAAUGCAGCCAAAUGAAAAGCAACAAGAGGCGGCAGAUAAAUUGGUUCAGAUGUUGGAUCUUGCACCACCUGGAAAACAGGAAGUGUUGCCUCCUGACUUUACACCUAAUCCUGUUUUAGAGCGUUACUACCGCUAUCUUGACCUGAAGUCAAAGCACCCAGAUGCUGCUGUUCCUCCACUUGAUGAAACCCUCAGAAAGAUCACGGAACCUGAUGUUGAGCUUCUUUUUCGAAACAAGUCCAUCAUAGAGGAAUUCCGUAGGUCUUUUGAACUAAAAGAUAAUCCAAAGAUGAAAAAAUCUGCAAGAAGAAUGAAAGAGAGACCUUCAGGAUCAGAUGAGGAAAGAGAAGAGUUUGACAAAGAUGCUGAUGCCAAAGCUAUUGAUUCCAUGGAAUACUCAUCCAAAACAAAGGUUGAGAAAGUUGGAGACGUUAAUCCUGUUGAAGACUUUGAGGAGAUGUUGUCUCGAAGAGAUGAUCCAAAAUGGAUUAAUAAGGCCAUUCAUGACAUGAAAAAUAGGAUCUUUGAUCUCGUGGAGAAUUCUUAUGAAGGAGAUACAUUUCAUAAAGCAUUGGAAUGUUUGGUGGUGCUGCGCAAAGGUUGCAUCCUUGAGCAGGAACCAAAGCAGUUCAAUGAUUUCUUGUGCCACCUGAGUAAAUUCUGUCAAGAAAAAGACCUGAGAAGUUUUUGUCAAUAUCUCACAUCUAACGACAUCACUUUGAUAACGAAGGCAGAAGCUCCAGACAGUGAAAUUCCAGAGCAUGAGGCUAGAAGCUUUAUGGUCAAGCCUGAACUUGACUCGCAAAAUAUGAAACCAGAGGCUAAAGUUGAGAAUGAUAUUAUGAGUAUAUACCUGGGUGGGAAGUAGAAAAUGAAACCUAGAGAUGCAUAUUGUGUGAUGUACAGGCAAUCAGCAUUUUCAUCAAGAAAUGACACUCUGUAAACUUCAAAAGAUUUUCUGGUCAAACUUAUUUUGAGGUUUCUGGCGAAGGUUGAAUCUAAAGACCUCAAAGAGCUUUAUUUUAUUA